UCUACGUACAAUAAGAUAAAAAAUGAGCAUUUUAAAGGAGCCGAUAGAUUUUCGAGCGCUCGAGGCCGAGCUCGACGUGGCCCUCAAGGCCGACGAGCUUUACAAGCUGCAGAACGACGCCAAGAUCAGGGCGAUCGAGCAGAGGGUGCCGACUUACGACGACUUUCGUCACAUGGUGCAAGCGGCCCAUCUGAGGCCCCUCGACAAGAACGACACGAAGAAGCGAGCCCAGGGCUCGUGGAAUCAGUGCGCCGUCGCCGUAGACAGCGAUGAAAAAGCGGGCGGCGACGUCGAGGCACGCAUGGCCGAGAUGAGACCGAAGGAGGGCGAGGAGGAAAUCGACCCUCUAGACCCGAAGAUCGAGCCCAAGACCAGCCAAGAGUUCGUCAAGUAUUGGCAUCGCCUGCGCGAGCCCCGCAAGAAGCUCGCCUACCUGGUGCGCUUCCAGGACCGGCUCAAGGAUAAGUUCUUCGGUGGCGAGGUGCCCACCGAGUUCCUCGAGGAGCUGUUCGACUGCACCCUCGACAUGAUCGGAGAAAAAAACGAUGACGAUAAGGAACAACCGGAAAGGGUUCGACAGCUGCUGGGCCUGCUCGAGCUGCUGGGCCAGUGUCGUCGCUUCGUGCUGAAUCUGUCGAUGAUCGAGAACAAGGCGCCGAUCGACCGUACCUUCGAGAGGCUGUACGAGCUCGUCGACACCGCGGACAAGCGACAGCUGCAGCGUUUCAUCUUCGUCGCGUCGCACUACGACAUACUGCUCGUGCCCAAGGCACAAUUGUCGCCGACGCACGAAUAAAAAAUUGACGAGAUCUCGCAAUUGUACAUCGCAUUUUCUAUAUUCGAAACUCCACGAUUUUUCUCUUCUCUUAUUUUUUUUUAUCUACUAUACCUAUUUUAUUUAUUUUUUAAUUAUUGAGAUAAGCAUAGGCGAUAAGAGCGUCCCGCAUAUAUACGAUAAACAAUCAGCUGCCACGGAAAGUUUACCAACUGUCAGUUUGAGUUGCAGUCCUGCUGU